CGCAAGUGCAUUAGGCAGAUGCCGCCUAUAGACGCAGGAUCGCAAGAAAACAUUAAACACCGCGGCUCCGCGUUCCGGAGGUGACAGCCCGCUAAAUCCCACGGGUUUCCCCGAGCCUGGCUCUGCUCCCCCCGCCCAGCUCCACGCCGCGGGUCCGCGCUGCGAGCCCGAACGCAGCAGCCAGAGGCGCGCGGCUGCUGCGGCAGCGGGGCGGGGCGGGGCGGAGCGGCGCGGAGAGGAGCGGAGCGGAGCGGCGGGGACCGGCCCCCGGCGCGGCCGCGGCCGGCGGGGCGCGGAGCGGAGCGGGGCGGUCAUCUUCUUAAAAUCCCUGAAAGCUGAAGAUGGAUAUUAAGCGUGUGAAGGACUCUAUCUAUUGGCUGUACUACCAGUACCUACUGAUCACCUGCAGCUAUGUGCUGGAGCCCUGGGAGCGGUCCAUGUUCCACACCAUCACCGUGACUGUUUUUGCUAUGGUGGUGUACACGGCUUACGUCUUCGUCCCCAUCCACGUCCGCCUGGCUUUUGAGUUCUUCUCCCAGAUAUUUGGAGGCCAGCCUGAAAGCACAGUUUCCAUUGUGAACUGAACUUGCCUGAGUAGUGAUUAGCACCUCUUGCAACUUGUGAAAUGCAAUGUCUUCUUCAAUUUUGUGUAUUUAUUCUGACACAGUUUUGCAGUUAUGAAAAUACCAUUUUCUCUUACAAAACAUGGCUUGCUUAACAA